UUGUAUUCUAACCUGUAACAGUUUUUCUACCUCUAUUAUUUUCUUGAUAUUAUCUGGUUGUUUACGUGGUGGUGUUAAGCGAUUUUGAUGAGAAUUUGAAGCAAAACUGACAUAUGCCGUAUAGAUUUACCACCAAAUUAUUCAGCAGAAAUCGGAAAAAAGUAACAAAAAUAAUCAACCAAAAUGAGAACUUACAACGAGGAACUGAAAUAUAUAGAGAAAAUUUCACCAGUCUGCUGGAAAAUCAACAAGGGAUUUGUUGAAAACAUGAAUGUUGAUGGCUAUUUUUAUGUCAAUCAACGCUUGGAGAAACUAAUGUUUGAUGAGCUCAAGCAGUCCUGUAAUGCCAAAGGUUUUGGAGGCUUUUUGCCAGGCAUGAAGCAGAUUGCUAAUGUAGCAGCAUUGCCUGGUAUUGUAGGGAGAUCAGUUGGUUUGCCUGAUGUCCACUCUGGAUAUGGAUUUGCAAUUGGCAACCUUGCAGCCUUUGAUAUGAGUAACCCCAAAGCAGUUGUUUCACCUGGCGGUGUUGGGUUUGAUAUCAACUGUGGUGUGCGCCUGCUCCGCACAAACCUUCAUGAGAAAGAUAUUCAGCCCAUAAAAGAACAGCUGGCUCAGUGUCUUUUUGAUCACAUCCCUGUUGGUGUUGGCUCCAAGGGCAUAAUCCCCAUGACAGCACAAAAUUUGGAAGAAGCCCUAGAAAUGGGAGUGGACUGGUCCCUGAGAGAAGGCUAUGCCUGGGCUGAGGACAAGGAGCACUGUGAAGAAUAUGGCCGCAUGCUAAAUGCUGACCCAUCCAAAGUCUCUAGUCGUGCUAAAAAGAGAGGGCUUCCCCAGUUAGGUACCCUAGGAGCAGGUAACCAUUAUGCAGAGAUUCAGAUCGUGGAUGAAAUCUAUGAUGAAUUUGCUGCAAAGAAAAUGGGAGUAGAAUUUCAAGGACAGGUGUGUGUCAUGAUACACUGUGGCAGUCGAGGCCUGGGUCAUCAAGUGGCAACAGAUGCCUUGGUGGUGAUGGAAAAAGCAAUGAAGCGUGACAAAAUUGAGGUGAAUGACCGGCAGCUAGCAUGUGCUCUCAUUAAUUCCAUGGAAGGUCAGGACUACCUCAAAGGCAUGGCAUCAGCUGCUAACUAUGCCUGGGUCAACCGUAGCUCCAUGACCUUUCUGGCUCGACAGGCUUUUGCAAAAAUGUUCAAGACUACUCCAGAUGAUUUAGACAUGCAUGUUAUUUAUGAUGUCUCACACAACAUUGCAAAAGUGGAAGAGCAUUAUAUUGACGGACGUCAGAAGACUCUCCUGGUUCACCGCAAAGGUUCAACACGAGCUUUUCCUCCACACCAUCCCCUGAUCCCUGUGGACUAUCAGUUGACAGGCCAACCUGUGUUGAUUGGCGGCACCAUGGGAACAUGUAGCUAUGUCCUGACUGGGACAGAUGUUGGUAUGGCUGAGACAUUUGGAACAACCUGCCAUGGGGCUGGAAGAGCACUGUCUCGGGCCAAGUCUCGGCGAAAUUUGGACUACACCAAUGUGUUGGCAGCACUGGAAGAGAAAGGCAUCAGUAUCAGGGUGGCUUCACCUAAGCUGGUUAUGGAGGAGGCACCUGAAUCGUACAAGGAUGUAACUGAUGUUGUUGACACCUGUCAUGCUGCAGGCAUCAGCAAGAAGUGCAUCAAACUACGGCCAGUUGCUGUCAUCAAGGGAUAAUCCAGGGUCAUCUGGUGGGCAACUGAGGAACAGCAUCAGAUGAAACGAACAACGGCAGUGUCAUGUGCCAAACAACAGACAGUGACCCCUCCAGCCACACUCUUUUCAGGUGCUACGGGAAUCUCUUGAGCAACCUUGCAAUUUUUAAACAUUGUCAUUAUGUUGAGUUCUGAUCAUGACAAAAUUUCUUAAGGUAAUCUUUUGAGAGGAAUAUGCAGAAACUCAUCUUCAUUUCCCUCUACACACUCACACUCACAUGCUCUCUCUCACACACACACAAACUGCUCAACUGAGAAAUAAUGAAAUCCCCUCCAUCAUUAUCUCCCUGUGAUUGUUCAGCUAAAUAUCCUCAGAUAACAGAUGGCAAGUGCCUGAGCUGAGCUUUUGUUGUAUUUCCUUAUGUCAGCAUGUCUGCAGCUUAGAGUCAAGCUGUUUGAGAAAACGCCUAUUUUGCUGGUGCAUUUCCAGAAUGUUGUGAUGGAGAUGGAUGCCAUUAAAAUAAAAUAAGAUAAAGAACA